GGGCCCACCAAACGUCAAGCUCUCAAAAAGUAAACAAUUUAAAAUUCGAAUUUAAUUGGCAAAUAUUGCACAAAACCUUGCAGAAAAACGGCAGCAAGCUGGAAUUAAAUAGACGUUCAACGAAAAUGGUGGCUACUCCAAAAGACAAGACUUUCAUACCGCAAUCCCGAUCCAGAGCAGAAACUCGAAGUCGUGCCAAGGAUGAGAUCAAGCGGGUCAUGCAGAAUGUCGAAAAAGUUCGCAAGUGGGAGAAAAAAUGGGUUCAAAUUGGAGACACUACUAUGAAAAUUUACAAGUGGGUUCCAAUGGUUUCAAAGUCUGAGAAACGUCUCGCCAUCUCAGAGAACAAGGAAAAUGCACGAAAGCCCACGGGAAUGGACUCGAAUUCGAAUUCCAACUUUGCAAUGGGCACCGAAGACUCAAAUACGUGUUUCUCGAUGGUCAGUGAUUCGCAUGGCGAGUUCAUGGGCUCAAAUAUGGCAUUCUCAGAAGACUCCAAUUCGCAAGGGAGCGAGAUAAAAUAGAUGCUUUACCUCAUUUUGUAUUAUUUUAUGUUAGAAGUAAGUUUACAUUAUUUUAAGCAAGUGCAGACUGUAAGAAUGACUUCUUUUUGAAAAGUAACGAUUUAUUUACAUUACAUCAUUAGCUAUUUAGUUUGAACAAAUAAUAAAUAUGAAUUAAGGAAAUGUAAUUU